AUGGGAGCAAAUCUGUGUGUCCUCCAUAGAAAGAAAUAUGAUGAAAACUAUAGUGCGCAUAUUCCCAAAACCCCAAACAAGAAAGCGUAUGGUGAACAGCCAAAACCAGGAAUAAAGAAAUUAAAUGAAGAAAACCCCACUAAUACUGACGAAUUAAAAAAAAAUCAGGAAAAAGAAAUAAAUGAUAAACAAAAUUUAAAAAAUAGUAAAGUUAUAAAUGAUAAAAAUUCGAUGAUUGCCAGUAUUAACACAUCAUCAACAUCAUCAGAGUCAGCAAUGUCAACAGAAUCACCAGGAUCAUCAGUUAAUGUGUUAAUAAGUAAUGAAAUUAAAAAUAAUGUGCGUAAAAUAAAUUCAAUAAAUGUUAUAGACAACAAUGUAAAUGGAAUAAAAAAUUCUAAUAGAAGGUCUCGAAGUAUUCCUAACAUUAUAGUCAAUAAUAAAAUAGAUCGACCUGAGAAUACAUCGUUCUUUGGUAUGUUGCGUGCAAAUACUAACUCGAGUGAUAUAUUAGAGCAUGCAUUUGAAGAAAAUUUGGAUACACUAAAAAAAGGAAAAGAGGAGUCACAAGAUAAUAUUUUUGAUAAGUUGUUUUCAGAAAUUUAUGGCAUCCAUUCUGAUGAUAAUAUUGUUGCAUUGGAUGAGUCGAUAGCAAAGGGUGGAAGAAUUAUAUCUACUGAACGGGGCGAAGACUCCAACCAAGCCAAUGAUAAGGAAAAAGGCUUAAAUAAUGAUGAAAAAAAUAGUGAAAUAGAAAAAAAAAAAAAAAUAACUGAGAAAAUUGCAAAAAUCAUGGAACAUUUAAAAGCUGAGAUAAAUCCCAAAUCCAUGAACAAUGCAAAAACCCAAAUCAAUGCAAAUGUGUCAAAAUCUUUAGAUAGAUCAGUAUUUAUAAAUUAUAAAAAAGAAAAGAUGCCACCAAUACGAUCAAAUUCUAGUUAUUUCAACAACAGUGGGGUGAUAAUAUAUCAUUAA